UAAUGAUACAACAACAUUAUUAAUUAGAAGUACUGGUCUUUAUAGUGGUAAUAUUAAACAGAUGUCACAGGCUAUGAACUUAGAAGCAGAGCUACGAGACUUUCAUACAAAAAAAUACCCUACUAUAGAGCAAACCAUAAUUAAUAAUUCAUCAGUACUAUAUAAACGAAAGAAAUUCUUCUUAGAAGAUGUUCGACAAUCAGCCAAAUAUAUUGGAUUUAUAAUAAUAGGAAUCAUUUAUCUUCGAGAUAUAUCUAUGUUUCGAUUGGCUUUACGAGCCUUUAUACAAUAUACCAUUUCACAUCCUUAUCCUACCGCUAAUAUAAGAUUAAAUACAUCAGAUGAGAAUAAGAGAGCAUUAACUAAAACAUUAUUACUCGGUAUAAUUAAUGCUAAUGCAUUUUGUAUAUUAAUUCAUCUAAUUUUUGGAGUAUAUAAAAAGAGUCCAUCUUCAGAUGGUUAUUUACAUGGAGGAAUGUCAUUACAAUUUAUUGGUGAAAGAGUUCCUUAUUCUACCUUAGAAUUAUUAAUAUUAGAUGUUAUUAUAUUUUUUAUUCAAUUAAUAUUUCAUAGUUUAAUGUGUGUUGUUAAUGAUUCUGAAGUGUUAGAGACUAAGAAAUCAUCAACCAAUAUAGUUCAACAUGGAGAUAAUGAAAGUAUUGAUAAAGCUCAUAUCGAAGGUGAUGGUUAUAAUGGUAAUGUACAUCUUAUUAAUAUCACAUUAACAUCCAAUAUUCGAAAAGUCCUUCGAUAUGAAGAUAAAUUUUCAAAUCCUACUAACAUGUUAUCUGAAGAAAAUGUUGCUCCGAUUAGAGCUCCAGGUGGAUUUGUGGGAGUAUGACUAUGAGUAUGACUACCAUUAAAAAUAUUCUUCAGACAUUUUCCAAUACAAGCGCAACAUUCAUUAAAAUCCACUCCUGGCAUUAAGAUAGCUCCUAUCAUCCAGCAUGUAUGCAUACAUAAAUAAUGAAUAGUUAUGAAUCAUUAUGAAUCAUUAAUGUAGUACUAUAAUUAUGUAGAUAUUAUAUAUAUAUAUAUAAUUUGCAGGUUAGACACUCUCAACCUGUAACGUUUUGCUUUUGCUUUUCCAAUCUCAAUCUGUAAAUAUCUCAACUCGAAACCCUAACCUGUAAAUCUUCCAGGUUCGAUGAGUGAAAAAAAAUUAGACUGAUUACAAGAAAUGAGAUGAAGCUUACCUAACCCACCAA